AUGAACUUGCCAAAGAAACAUCACAUCAAGCAAUUAAUUGUUGCAGACGUCCAUAACCGUUGCCGACAUGCGGGCGUCAACCACGUGCUAGCUCAGGUACGAAACCGAUGCUGGAUUAUAGAUGGUCGCCAGGAAGUGAAGAACUUGGACAAAGAAUGCGAGGUGUGUGAGAGAAGACGUGUACAGCCAUCAGUGCAGAUCAUGGCACCGCUUCAAAGGAGGAGAGUUGGAACAACGAUGAGAGCGUUUGCAAAGUGCUGUGUUGAUUACGCUGGCCCCUUCACGACCAAGAUUACUCGAAGAGUUUCUGAUAAAAGGUAUUUGUGCCUGUUUACGUGCUCAGCCACCAGAGCGGUGCAUCUAGAAAUGGCAUGUUCAUUGAGCACCACAGAUUUCCUGAAUACGUUCAGCCAAAUGGUAGCCACCAGGGGAAGACCAGAAGAAGUGACAAGUGAUUAUGGGACAGACUUUGUAGGAGCGGAGAGAGAGAGCUCAGAGAACUUGUUCAAACAAUGGACCAGGAACAGAUCGCCGGUAAUGUUGCCAAUAACGGGCUCAGAUGGAAUUGGAAUCCUCCGCUGGGGUCGCUUUUUGGUGGGGUGUUUGAGUCGCUGCUUAAAGUAG